AUGACUAAUACUUAUUGUUUUAAACAAGAUACUGACAUUUCUUAUGGUAAAUAUUUCGAGUACAUUCUGGUAGAAAAGUGGUCACUCCCCCAUUUUAGCCAUUCAAUGAAGAAUCUAGUUAGCUUAAAUUUUAUUUGGAUUAUAUCUUACAAAGAAUCUGAAACAGCCGAAGAUGAAGAUGAACUCGAAACAGCCAAAGAUGAAGCUGAACCCAAAAUAAACAGAGUGAUCUCUGAACCCGAAAUAGCCAGAAUGAUCUCCAAAAUAGCAAGAGUGAUCCCUGAACCCAAAAUAGCCAGA